CCGUUUUCUCAUUCCUCUUGUCGCUUCCUUCCUUCCGAGUCCCCGUGGAGUGAAGGUGGACGGAAUCCCGGCGAGAUGAUGAUUGCGCGCAGCCGCCUCCUCAGAUCCAACGCCGCCUCGAAGGCUGAAAGUUUAGUAAAAUAUGUAGCUAGUGCUGGAAAGCUGGAUGGGCUGCAUAGGUUUUCAGAGGCACCACCCAGGUACUUCAGUUCUGAACCGUUUCUUCAGGCUGAACCGACAGAAGAAAUCGGGUUUAAGGGGCAUGGCAUGCUGGCUCCGUUCACAGCAGGAUGGCAGAGCACCGAUGUGAAUCCCCUGGUUAUCGACAGAUCUGAGGGUGCUUAUGUCUACGAUAUCAAUGGGAAAAAAUAUAUAGAUGCCCUUGCGGGAUUGUGGUGUACAGCUCUAGGUGGUAACGAACCUCGACUAGUCAAAGCUGCUACAGAGCAAUUAAACAAAUUACCCUUCUAUCAUUCCUUCUGGAACCGUACUACCAAACCCUCAUUGGAUCUUGCGAAUGAAAUUCUCAAGAUGUUCACUGCUAGGGAAAUGGGAAAGGUAUUCUUCGCAAAUAGUGGUUCAGAAGCUAAUGACUCUCAGGUGAAAUUAGUGUGGUAUUAUAACAAUGCACUUGGGAGGCCAAAGAAGAAGAAAUUUAUUGCACGCUCAAAAUCAUACCAUGGUUCAACAUUAAUAGCAGCUAGUCUAUCGGGACUUCCUGCUCUUCACCAAAAGUUUGAUCUACCGGCACCAUUUGUUCUGCACACGGACUGCCCUCAUUACUGGUGCUUCCAUCUUCCUGAUGAAACAGAAGAAGAAUUUUCAACUAGACUUGCCAAUAAUCUGGAGAGUCUUAUCAUCAAAGAAGGACCCGAAACAAUUGCUGCCUUCAUUGCUGAACCUGUGAUGGGUGCUGGUGGGGUCAUCCUCCCUCCAAAGAGUUAUUUUGAGAAGAUUCAAGCAGUCCUCAAGAAGUAUGACAUCUUAUUGAUAGCAGACGAGGUCAUUACUGCAUUCGGAAGAUUGGGAACCAUGUUUGGAUGCGAUAAGUAUGACAUUAAACCAGAUCUUGUCUCCAUAGCAAAGGCUCUUUCUUCUGCCUACAUGCCAAUUGCAGCUAUUCUCGUUAGCCCAGAAAUAGCAGAUGUAAUUCAUUCGGAGAGCAACAAACUUGGUUCUUUUGCUCAUGGCUUUACAUACUCGGGGCAUCCAGUUUCGUGUGCUGUUGCCAUAGAAGCUCUGAAGAUUUACAAUGAGAGGAAUAUCACCAAAAAUGUCAAUGAAAUUGCUCCAAGGUUCCAGGAAGGAAUCAAGGCCUUCUCAGGAAGUCCGAUCAUCGGAGAGACACGUGGCCUGGGAUUGAUACUUGGAACUGAAUUCGUUGACAACAAGUCGCCAAAUGAUCCCUUCCCUGCAGAAUGGGGAGUUGGUUCAAUAUUUGGUGCCGAGUGCGAGAAGCGCGGGAUGCUUAUCAGGGUCGCUGGGGAUAGCAUCAUGCUGUCACCCCCGCUGAUAAUGACUCCUGGUGAAGUUGAUGAAAUUGUGAGCAAAUAUGGUGAUGCUCUGGAGGCCACGGAGGAAAGAAUUGCAGAGCUCAAAUCCAACAAGAACUAAACAAUGUCGAUUUGCUGUAAAGCAUGUAGCGAUGGUUGGAGAUGGCGAUGCCAGUGUUCAGUGCACAGAGUAGCUUCAGGUCUUCAACAAUUAGAUUUCACAAUAAUGAGCUUGCUGAAAGCCUGAACCUUGUUCAUGGUGUGCAGAAAGUUGGUCGUUAUUCACUUUCAAUGACACAAGAAGGGCGUUUGUGACUGGAUAAAGUGAUCAUUUGAAUGGGGAAAACGCUAAGUAGGUUGCAAUAUCAA